AUGUCCACUCAGACCCAAGCGGGCAUAGACAACCUUCUGUUGGCUGCCACGGCGAUGUCCUCUCUCCGCAGCAACGAGGUCCCUAUCGUCAGGGUCACCGAGGGCUUCAUCGCUGACGAGGCUGGGGCGUCUAUCUACAGUGUGAGCGCAGAGGCGGUGAAGGAGAUGCCAGACCUGGAUCCCAACAUCAGAAGUGCAGUGUCCAUUGGGAGGCGAGUUCAGGACCCACUGGCAGAGCUGGUGAAAAUCGACCCCAAACACAUUGGCAUCGGAACGUACCAGCACGACGUGUCCCAGCCUCUGCUGCGUGCUGCCCUGGACGGGACGGUGCAGGAGUGUGUGAGCUUCGUGGGUGUGGACAUUAACAUCUGCUCCGAGACGCUCAUGAGGCACGUGGCGGGUUUGAACGCGGGCCGGGCUCGCAGCAUCGCUGAAUGGCGGGAGAAGAGCGGGCCGUUCCAGAACCGGGAGCAGCUGAAGCAGGUCAAGGGCCUGGGCCCAAAGAGCUUCCAGCAGUGUGCCGGAUUUAUCCGCAUCAACCCCGAGACUGCAGCCAGCGUGCACAGUGAUGACGGCCCGUCCCCCGAUAAGCCAUUGGCUAAGAAAGGGAAGGGGAAAGCCAGCGCACCAAUUAGCAAUCAGCCCAACCCUCUGGACCAGACGUGCAUUCAUCCAGAGUCAUACAACAUUGCAAUGAAGUUCCUGUCUGUGGUGGGGGGUAGUGUGUCCCAGCUGGGCCAGGCUGAUCUGAAGCAGAGGGUGGAGGAGUGUGUGAGGGACAGGGGCCUGGAGGCUCUGGGCCGAAGUCUGGACACCUCACCAGACACCCUGCAGCUCAUCGUAGAUGGACUCACCCAGCCGCCCGGCUUUGACAUGCGGCAAGAAUUCGAUCUGCCUGACUUCAAGCGUGGGAUCGUCUCCAUGAGUGACCUGCGCCCUGGUGCAGUUCUGACGGGUCGGGUCACCAACACGGCUCUGUUCGGGGCGUUCGUGGACGUUGGGGUGGGUCGGAACGGGCUCAUCCCUAACCGCUUCAUAACGGCGGCCAAGCUGCCUGAGGACCUGCGGCGCCGAAGCCUGGCUCUGGGGCCCGGCCAGCGCGUGGAGGUCAGCGUCAUCGAUGUGGACCACCAGCGGAAACGCAUCACCCUGGAUCUCCUACGGGUUCUCCGGUAGGAACCAGGACUGCCACCAGGUUCUGUGACAGGGCCAGGAACCGUGUCCAGUUUUCUGAAGAUCAGUUCAGUUCAGUUCAGUUCAGUUCUGUGGUAGGACACAGAACCUCGUCCAUGUUCUCUGCCUGGAAAGGGAACCAAGAUCUCCAAAUCUUCAUUUGUGUUCCUUGGAAUCUUAGAAUCCCCGGUUUCCAUGAAUCUUGGAACUGGAGUGGGAACAAGUCUCAGGAUUGUGCUGGGAAGUCAUCGUAGUGCUCUGAUAGGACUCAGAACUUAAUUCAGACCCUCAGACCGACGGUUUGGCCUUCAGCCAACAAUGAGUUGGAAUCUAAAGUGUUCAUUCUUACAAGGAUUUCUCAUAGUUUUCCUCAUUUGUUCUCAGAAAGGGAGAGAAUUUAGUUUAGUAGAUUAAGCACAGAGUUGUUCCCUGUAUGCCUAAGAAUCUAAAGCAGAACCUCAUUGAGGUUCUAGAACACCAGGAUCCCUGUCUCUAACAUUCAGGGAUGGUAUGAUUCCAUUUCCUGACCAUUUCAUUCUCAAUCAUUUACGGUCCAACUGGUCGCUGUGUUCUCUCGUUCAGGUUCAUCGUCGGCCAUUAGUAUAGGUGAUACUGUCUGAAGGAAGACAUUUUGCACAUCUGAAAGCGGACCGAACAGAAGACUGAAAAAGCUUUAGUUUGCACUGUUGUAUAAACUUUGGUAAACAUUCAUAUCAAACCCUUGUGUUGUCUUAUUAGAUAAUGUCUUAAAUAAUUAAAUAAUAAUUCAAUAAUAGUGUUUU